AUGAGCAUCUCAGUGGAUCUCAAGCAGCAUCGUUGGAAGCUGGGACUCUGUUUCCUGACAGUGGUCAUUGUGCUAUGGGUGGCUUCCGGGUUCAUGGUUAAUGCCAUGUCCGAUGAAUAUAGCAAACCCUACUUUAUCACAUACCUCAACACGGCAACAUUCACCCUGUAUCUGGCACCAACAGCGAGUCGGUGGGUUCAGAAACAGAAUAGAAGAAAAAAUAGACAUAGACAUGCCAGUGGCAGCAGCUAUGACCAUGGCUCCAGUAUACUAGGAGUAUCUACUUUCCAAACCAUUCGCAAUAAAAUUGCAGAAUUUGCGACUGGACGAGGAACCAGUCCGUCGUCGAGAGUUAAUAGAAGAAUGUCUCAUCAGGGACUGUUAGACGAAACCAUUUCAUCUCCUGGACCAUUGACUAGAGCUGAAGAGGCUCAAGAAGUAGAAAUAGAAAGAACGGCUGUUUCUACCGAGAGCGAGGAACUGGAAGGGUCAUAUAUCACAUCGCCUCGAAGCCACGGAUCUAUCCCUUCAUCUCCUCUACCUAAACCAUAUGAUGAUGAAAUGGAAGACAAUGAUGACGAUGGAAGCACCAAAUAUGCAUUUACUACUCGAGAAACAGCUAUUCUUAGUAGCCAGUUUGCUGUUCUGUGGUUUAUCUCGAACCUGCUCAACAACGCGAGUUAUGUAUACACCAGCGUUGACAGCGCAACAAUUAUAUCCUGUACUUCGAGUUUUUUCACUCUGAUUGUGGGUAGUAUAUUCGGGGUUGAAAAGUUCAAUUACACAAAAUUAGCUGCUCUGUGUAUGAGUAUUUUUGGGGUCUGGCUCAUCUCGCACUCGGACGAGAACAGUGAAAGCUCACCUCCUACCGCUCUCUAUGGCAACUGUCUGGCUCUUGGCAGCGCCUUUUUAUACGGUGUAUAUACUACUCUGUUGAAAACAAAGGUUGGAGACGAGUCUCGAAUUGAUACCCGUUUGUUUUUCGGGUUUGUUGGGCUGGUCAACAUCAUCGCGCUCUGGCCACUGCUCAUCAUCCUUCACUACACAGGCAUCGAGACAUUCGGGCUUCCUCACUCGGCUCGUGUCUGGGAACUUCUAAUCAUCAACAGCAUCUCCAUUCUCGUCUCAGACUUUUCAUGGAUCAUGGCCAUGCUCAUGACCUCGCCCCUGCUCGUCACUGUAGGUCUCAGCGCAACCAUUCCACUCGCCAUGGUCGGCGAGAUGGUUCUCAACGCCCGGUUCGCGACCGUCCCCUACUACAUCGGUGCUGGUCUGGUCUGCUGGUCGUUUUUCGUCAUCAACCGACAGGAGCAGGAUUCGGCCCUCGAAGAAGAGCGGGCUGAUAAUCCUAUUUUAGAAGCAUAG